AUUUAAGUGAUUUUCUAGCAUGGAUACUGUUGCUAGCCAUAGUUGUCAUCUUCUCCAGCAGCUACAUGAACAGCGCAUUCAGGGUCUUCUCUGUGACUGCAUGCUGGUGGUAAAAGGUGUCUGCUUCAAAGCACACAAAAACGUAUUAGCUGCUUUCAGUCAAUAUUUCAGGACCCUUUUCCAGAAUUCUUCAGGCCAGAAGAAUGAUGUCUUUCACCUGGACAUUAAAAAUGUAGGUGGCAUAGGCCAGAUCUUGGACUUCAUGUACACCUCUCGCCUGGAUCUUAGCCAGGACAAUGUACAAGCUAUGUUGGAUAUUGCGCAGUGUCUCCAAGUGCAAAAUGUGCUCAACAUUUGCCACACCUUUUUAAAAUCUUCUACAGCUGUAGAGCAAGCAGCCAGCAUGCCUUGUAAUAGCGUAUUUUCACUGCAGAGCACUUUGGCUGCAGAUACUGGCUGUGGUAACGACGGUUAUGGAACAAACCUGUUGCACGAAUGCUCAUCUGAUGCACAAGCUAAUAAAGUCUUGGCUGACCCCCAUUCUCAUGCAUCGCAGUCUGUUAAUCUUCAGGCGCCCGCAAGUGAUGUACAGAAACAACCACAAGACUCCUUAGAUGGCAGCUGCACAGAGAUUCCAUUUAAACAACCAAAUUGCUAUUAUAAACUACGGAACUUCUACAGUAAGCAGUUCUAUAAGCAGAAUGCUUGCUCUAAUCACGAGAGAGGAGCAGAACAAUCCUUUUCUUACAACACGUCUACAGAAAUAAACGCAGUAGAGAGUAAUUCUUGUACGGUCAAUCACUCUGAGUGCAUUCUGGAAACCUCUGAACAUUUACCAUCAAACUUUCUCGUUCAGUCUGUGAAUGAAGCUGCUCCAGACCAAGAUACAGAAAGCACGCUUAUGCAGCCCACCAAACAGAUGCGGCUGAAAAAGGCAAUACACCUCAAAAAGUUAAAUUUUCUAAGAUCUCAGAAAUCUGCAGAGCAGCCACCUGAACCUAAAGUAGAUGAUAGCAGAAUAGCAGGAGUAGUUGAAUCUGUAACUGAAAGUACCGUGGACGUGACAAAUGUUAGAGUUACUGAUGAAAAAGAAGCUGAAGAUUUAGUGAAUUCUGAGAAUUUUGAACAAACUGUUGAAAUCGAAAGGUCUCAGGGUCCUUCAGAACAAGAAGGGCAAUCACAGAGUCUUCAGUCACAGAGACAAUAUACUUGUGAAUUAUGUGGGAAGGCUUUCAAACAUCCAAGCAAUUUGGAGCUCCAUAAAAGAUCUCAUACAGUUAUGGUUGUAUCCCAAUCAAAGGCCAUUAGAAAAACUGUGGGCACCCAGACAGAGGCCCCACGCAAGCAUGCGGGUGUUCAGGUCUUGAGCUGCAGAGACUGCCAGAGCCUGGCACUUGCCAUGGAGGGUAGCGAAGACAACACCUCUGUCAGAUGUGACCAGGUGAAUGACCUGCUCAGCCUGGUGGCUGAGCUGAAGGAUGAAGUAGCAAGGAUGAGGACUAUCAGGGAAUCUGAGAGACAAAUAGGUUGGUGGAGCCACUUCCUGAAUAGUAAGCAGCAAGCUCCACAAGGAGUGGAAAAUCCCCUCCCCAUGACCAUCAGGAAAAAGGACGGGAGCUGA